AACGCAAUCCGACACUGACGGGGAUUAACCUCCCUCCGUAUCGGCAAACAAAUCGAGUGCGCCGCUUUCAGGUAUUCUCGUGGCAUAGAUACAUACCAUGGCAUACGCCUCGCGACAUCAGGCCAACGCGCUAGGCCUUACCGACGACGAGAUAAAGUCCAUCGAGCAGACGCGUCAACGGCUUUAUCAACUAUCCAACAGUAUCCAGAGCUUCAAGGCCGACAUCGCCAAGAGCAAUCCACUACCUCCCCAAUCCUCACUCCAAGCACAGUACCAUAUUCUCCUCCGCAAUCUCCAAUCCCUACUCGACGUGCUAACCGAGAACGCCGUUCCCUUCGCACAUACUUCGAUCCAUCCGGCCGUCAACUUCCCCGGUCGCACGCAAGAGAACGUCCUCCUCACGCUGCUGCGCAAGAAGCGCGAGCCGGAAGUCGAGGAACACGUGGAGCGUGGCUUGGAGAAGACGCGCGAAGUGCGUGCUUCCGGCGCGGCGCCCGGCGAAGGGGACGGCGUGCAGAGGCUCGAGGCCGUGUGGGACGAAAUACGAGAGUGGACGCAGGGGCGGGUACAGAAAUACGUGCUCGAGCAGGCGGGAGACGUCUAUACUCGGAAGGAAAGGGAGGACGGGAUCGAGAAAGUGCGGACGGGUCUGAAGAGGCCCUUGGAGGAGCCGGAGGAGAGCGAGGAAGAGGAGGACGAGGAAGGGGAAGGCGAAGGCGAAGAGCAGCCCGACGGCGAUAUCGUGAUGGGCGAUGGUCAGGGACAGCCGCGGCAACAGCCACAACAGCCACAACAACAGCUACCGGAGCCGGAGGUGUUCUUCUGGUUUGCUGCGCGCGGCGAAUUUACGCUCCCUCCCAAUAUUGAGUUGGAGAAGGAUGCUGCGAAGAGGACGCGGCUCGCAGUGGCGGGCGGGAUGCCUCGUAUGUGAAGUUGGCUUGGCGUUCAAUAUUUUCACUUCAGCCCUAGCCGGGAGGGCAGUUAUGCCAAGGGCUUGCCAUUACAACGUAUCCGUUUGAUGGAUUGGAGGUUACUGUGCUGAGACAUG